AUGUCCCACCACCACGCCCAAGCUAUUCACAUACACCAUCCAUCAUCACCAGACAUAAACAAGACACCUCUUUUUCCAAGGGAGAGCUAUCAAGCUGCGCCAACCAAGAUUGAAGAUAUGCUUCAAGAGUACUUGAGAAAUCAAGAAGAGAGUACAAAGAAGAUGGAGAGAAGAAUCGAUUUCAUCCAUGAGAGCCUUGGAAACAAAUCUGAAGUCCUAUUCAAGCAAGUGAUCAAGCUUGAUGAAGACAUUAAGAAGUUAAGAGAGGAUCAUGAUCGAUCUUUGACUAGUUAA